AUGUACCAGAGCCUGGCCAUGGCCGCCAACCACGGCCCGCCGCCCGGGGCCUACGAGGCGGGCGGCGCGGGCGCCUUCGUGCCGGGCGCGGGCGCGGCGUCCCCGCCCGUCUACGUGCCCACGCCGCGCGUGCCCUCCUCGGUGCUCGGCCUGUCCUACCUGCAGGGCGGCGGCGCGGCGGGGGCGGCGGCGGCGGGGGCCGGCCCCGGGGGCGCGCCGUCGGGCGCGGGGCCCGGGACGCAGCAGGGCAGCCCGGGCUGGAGCCAGGCGGGCGCCGAGGGCGCGGCCUACACCCCGCCGCCCGUGUCGCCGCGCUUCUCCUUCCCGGGGACCACGGGGUCGCUGGCGGCCGCCGCCGCCGCCGCCGCCGCCGCCCGGGAAGCCGCGGCCUACGGCAGUGGCGGCGGGGCGGCGGGCGCGGGGCUGGCGGGCCGCGAGCAGUACGGGCGCGCGGGCUUCGCGGGCUCCUACUCCAGCCCCUACCCGGCCUACAUGGCCGACGUGGGCGCCUCCUGGGCCGCCGCCGCCGCCGCCUCCGCCGGCCCCUUCGACGGCCCGGUCCUGCACAGCCUGCCCGGACGGGCCAACCCCGCCCGACACCCCAACCUCGUAGACAUGUUCGACGACUUCUCGGAAGGGAGAGAGUGCGUCAACUGUGGGGCCAUGUCCACCCCGCUGUGGAGGCGGGACGGGACGGGACACUACCUGUGCAAUGCCUGUGGCCUCUACCACAAGAUGAACGGCAUCAACCGGCCCCUCAUCAAACCCCAGCGCCGGCUGUCCGCCUCCCGCCGCGUGGGCCUGUCCUGUGCCAACUGUCAGACCACCACCACCACGCUGUGGCGCCGCAACGCCGAGGGUGAGCCGGUGUGCAACGCCUGCGGCCUCUACAUGAAGCUCCACGGGGUCCCUAGGCCUCUUGCAAUGAGGAAAGAAGGAAUUCAAACCAGGAAACGGAAGCCCAAGAACUUGAAUAAAGCUAAGACCGCAGCAGGUCCCUCGGGCAGCGAGAGCCUCCCUCCGCCCGCCUCCAGCACCUCCAGCAGCGCCACCAGCAGCAGCAGCAGCAGCAGCAGCGAGGAGCUGCGCCCCAUCAAGACGGAGCCCGGGCUGUCAGCCCACUACGGCCACAGCAGCUCCAUGUCCCAGACGUUCUCCGUCAGUGCCGUGUCCGGCCACGGGCCCUCCAUCCACCCGGUCCUCUCCGCGCUGAAGCUCUCCCCGCAAGGCUACGCGUCUCCCGUCAGCCAGUCGCCCCAGGCCAGCGCCAAGCAGGACUCUUGGAACAGCCUGGUAUUGACCGACAGUCACGGGGACAUAAUCACCGCAUAA